ACUUCACAGCGCAAAAGAAACGGUAAUAAGGAGUCAUAGCACUCAUAAAUCCAGCAGGAUUGUUUUGUAAUUCAAAGGUAGCUCAGAUCAUUGGCAUGCUGUGGAAACUCAGCUUGGCUGCACUUACAGUGUGAGUGUAUGAGACGCGUCACAGAGAUCAGCCAUGGAAUUGUACUUCAGAGGGGAAAAAACUCUUUCCCUUAAAAGGAUUUAAUCAGUUUUUCCAUUUAAAAGUGCGGUGCAGUUGGAUAUUUAUGGCCAAACUGGGCCUGUCUGCUUUCCAAGUGCUGCACAACAUCCUCUCAGCCCACCCUUCAAGACGCUGCCUUCUCUUCCAGGCUGCUAAGCAAACAGCUGAAGAGCUGGCAUCUCUGCGUGGAGCAAACCAGUCCUGGCGUCCGUCACCUGAUUUCACCCUUCAUCUCUCUGCCUUUUUACUCCUGUUCCUGUGCCUGCCUUUACUUCUCGCUCUCCCCGUAUCUUCCCUUCUGCAUUUCAUUCUCACUCUCUUCCUUAUGGGUGUGGCGCAUACAUUAUUUAUGAGAUACAGCCCCUAUUUGCUCAGCCUAAUGAUGUAUUCAAGCCUGGAGUUCAGCUGCCUCUCGAAGGCGGCUGCUGGGAGGGCAGGAGGACCAGAAUGAGUGGUGGCUGUAAUUGGAAACCAAAGCUUUCCCGGUCAGAGCUCAGCUACUUUCCAUUCACUCUUAGGUGCUUAAUUGAGGAAUAGGGAGAAGAGUUCCUGGUGCCUUAGGACUAUAGCAAUAAGGAUUAUUGUACAGAGAAACUGGGAGUACAUUUGCAACCAGCAGGAGGAAAGAGUCUUUUCCUGCCCCCCAAAAAUGAACCAGGUUUGGAAUUAAAGUGCUCUGGUAAAAGGAGUGGAGUCCAUAAACUGAUAGAAAACAGAUAGCUAUCAGUAGCUGGGUUUCAUUUCUUGGAUAUUAACUUGCAAAUCGGAAGAGAUGGCAUUUCUAGCCCUCCACGUGGUGCUUGGGAUGUUUAUUUACUCUAGCAGCGUGAAAGGAUCAGCACUGCCUCAGGCCAGGGUGUUCUUAACAUUCAACGAGCUGCAGGAAACCAAGACCUCAGAAUAUUACAGAAUAUCCCACAAUCCCCUGGACUACAGGAUAUUAUUAAUGGAUGAAGAUCAGGACCGGAUCUAUGUGGGCAGCAAAGAUCAUAUUCUGUCUUUGAAUAUUAAUAAUAUAAGCCAGGAUCCUCUGAGUAUUUUCUGGCCAGCAUCAGCAAACAAAGUUGAAGAGUGCAAAAUGGCUGGCAAAGAUCCUACACAUGGCUGCGGAAAUUUUGUGCGCGUGAUUCAGACCUUCAAUCGCACACAUCUGUAUGUAUGUGGCAGUGGUGCCUUCAGCCCAGUAUGUACAUAUGUCAAUAGAGGGCGCAGGUCUGAGGAGCAAGUCUUCAAGAUCGACUCAAAGUGUGAAUCGGGAAAAGGACGCUGCUCUUUCAAUCCUAAUGUGAACACAGUAUCUGUUAUGAUCAAUGAAGAGCUGUUUUCAGGAAUGUAUAUUGAUUUCAUGGGGACGGAUGCUGCUAUUUUUCGCAGUUUAACCAAGCGGAAUGCAGUGCGCACCGACCAGCACAAUUCCAAGUGGCUCAGUGAGCCUAUUUUUGUGGAUGCUCAUCUUAUCCCAGAUGGUACUGACCCUAAUGAUGCCAAAGUAUACUUCUUCUUCAAAGAGAGACUCACAGACAACAGUGGCAGCACCAAGCAGAUUCAUUCAAUGAUUGCAAGAAUAUGUCCGAAUGACACCGGUGGACAACGAAGUCUUGUAAACAAGUGGACAACAUUCUUAAAAGCAAGGCUUGUUUGCUCAGUAAUGGAUGAAGAUGGAACAGAAACAUACUUUGAUGAAUUAGAAGAUGUAUUUCUCCUAGAAACAGAUAAUCCCAGAACAACGCUCGUGUAUGGAAUUUUUACCACAUCAAGCUCUGUAUUUAAAGGUUCAGCAGUGUGCGUGUAUCAUUUAUCUGACAUCCAGACAGUGUUCAAUGGUCCGUUUGCACACAAGGAGGGACCUAACCACCAGCUGAUUCCGUAUCAGGGCAGGAUUCCAUACCCACGACCUGGCACAUGUCCAGGAGGAGCAUUCACACCGAACAUCCGGACAACCAAGGAGUUCCCAGAUGAUGUUGUGACCUUUAUCCGGAAUCAUCCCUUGAUGUUUAAUCCCAUUUAUCCUAUACAUAAGAGGCCAUUAAUCAUUCGGACAGGAACAAAUUAUAAGUAUACAAAGAUUGCCGUGGAUCGAGUCAGUGCUGCUGAUGGGAGAUACCAUGUAUUGUUUCUUGGAACGGACCAGGGCACUGUGCAGAAAGUUGUCGUCCUUCCCACCAACUUCUCAGCAAGUGGAGAACUAAUUUUAGAAGAACUGGAAGUUUUUCAGAAUAAUGCUCCCAUAACGACAAUGAAGAUUUCUUCUAAAAAGCAACAGCUAUACGUGAGCUCAGAUGAAGGGGUCACCCAGGUAUCCUUGCAUCGCUGCCAUGUCUAUGGAACAGCCUGUGCUGACUGCUGCCUGGCCAGAGAUCCUUACUGUGCCUGGGAUGGCAAUUCCUGCUCCAGGUUCUACCCAACGGGGAAAAGGAGGAGUCGGAGACAGGAUGUGAGACAUGGAAACCCUAUGACUCAGUGCCGAGGAUUUAACCUGAAAGCAUACAGAAAUGCAGCGGAAAUAAUUCAAUAUGGAGUGAAAAACAACACCACCUUCCUUGAGUGCACCCCGAAAUCCCCCCAGGCUUCCAUUAAAUGGCUUUUACAGAAAGACAAUGACAGAAGGAAAGAGGUCAAACUUAAUGAAAGGAUCAUUGCGACUGAGCAGGGACUCCUCAUUCGCUCUGUCCAAGACAGUGAUCGAGGACUUUACCAUUGCAUUGCAACAGAAAACAGCUUCAAACAAACCUUGGCAAAGAUCAACUUGAAAGUGUUAGAUUCAGAAAUGGUGGCCUUUAUGACUGAUAAGUGGUCCCCCUGGACAUGGGCCAGUUCUGUACGAGCCCUGCAGUUCCACCCAAAAGACUUUGUUGCAGCUUUCAGCCACUCAGAAAUGCAAAUGAUUAACCAGUACUGCAAAGACAGUAGGCAGCAAGGGCAGCAGAGAGAUGAAUCCCAGAAGCUGAAAGGGGACUACGGCAAGUUAAAGGCCCUUAUCAAUAGCAGGAAAAGUAGGAACAGAAGGAAUCAGUUACCAGGAUCUUAAUUGUUGCUUUGGAGGAUCAAAUGUCUUUGUCUUCACUGUAGGGGGCUUUUUUAUGUCUGCUGAGAGCGUAUUUUGAGGAAACAACGUGAUAAAAAAGUAAAACUAGUAAAGCAAGUCUGAGAAAAGGAUCUUUCUCCCAAUAAAAUGCAGUGCAAUGUUACAUCUAAAGAUAAAGGUUAAGAGCAUUUCUUUGUGCAUAUUAGCAGCAUGUAUGAAUAUAUAUCUUAACCCAGAUUCAGUGGUCACAUCUUGACAUUUACAUGCAUUUGGAAAGAAAAUAAAACUUGAUGCAUUAACUUGCAACUCUGGAACCGAGCAGAACAGAAAGGUAAAGAAAAAAUUUGGGUUAAGAUAGAUGUUCCAAUGAGAGUGUUAUGAAGGUAACACUUUGCACCGCAUUUGCAAAUAUGAGUUUCUAAUUGUUUACUGUUCAAGACUGGGUUUACAGCUUUUACACAUUGUACAAGUCGCGUGAAUGCAUGCAGCAAAGGUGCUGGCAAAAUUAAAGUACAGUAAAAGAAGUGGUUGAUUCAGAAAUAUACUGAAGGUCCAAUGAAGGAAAAAGUAGGACAAAAAGCAAAAUGUGCUUGUUUUUAUAUUUUAUUCAAGAAACACUGAGUAUAGUUCACAGUAUAAGUUGUAAUAAAUGAAAAAGUUUCUGGGAUUUAAUUUACAAAAACCUAAUGCUCAUAUGGACUUCAAAUAGUAUAUUAUGUCCUGUAACAAUAUACCACUUUACAAGCAGUACAAAUCUAACAUGAGAAUGUUGGUUAGACAUCUAAGUCACUUAGGUAAUUUUGAAAUGUUAUCCUUCCAAGACUUGCAAGUGACCACAAUAUGUACUGUACAAUAUACACUCAAAAACUCCAUCCAGUGAUUUCAUUUAAGGUGUCCCAAAUGAUUAAAUUAGAGCUGAUUAAAAAGCAUGGGGAGGGGGGAAUCAAGAAUAUUUCAGGUUUGUUUUUUUUUAAAUGGUAUGUUCAAAGU